AUGAUUGGGUCGACCAUAUUGGAAGCCAACGACUCUCCCUCAGGCCUGCCCAGCACUGCCGAUCGGCUCCUCCGCGUGAAGGAGCUUCUGUUGGGUCCGAUCUCCGUCCUGAUUCAAGAUUCCAGUGAAGUUAAGAAGAUCCUUGACGAGGACGUAUCUGACCCAACGAAGAGCAUGUACGUGAAUUUACCUGGAUCUCUUAACGACAUUAAUGUUCUUCAUCGAUCUCCACUAUUUGCAAAGUUGGCCAACGGAGAAGCUCCUAAAGUGAAGUAUAAGAUAAAUGGUCAUGAUUACACAAUGGGAUACUAUCUUGCAGAUGGCAUAUACCCAUCUUGGGCUACACUGGUUAAGACCAUACCUGAACCACGUGGUAGUAAGAGGACAUACUUUGCAAAAGCACAGGAAGCAGUACGAAAGGAUGUGGAACGAGCUUUUGGGGUGCUGCAGUCCCGUUUUGCUAUAAUUCGAGGGCCAGCUCGGUUUUGGGAUGAUAAGACGCUGAGCGAAAUUAUUACAGCUUGUAUUAUCAUGCAUAAUAUGAUUGUCGAAGAUGAGGGAAUACUGGAUCCUGACGAACGCUUCGACGGUGGAGGAGAUUGUGUUGAGCCCUCACAUGAGCAUACGGCAGAUUUCGAUGAAUUUAUUGAGAACCACUUGAAAAUUAGAAACAAGGAAAUUCACCAUCAACUUCAAGAAGAUCUAGUGGAGCACUUGUGGAGGAGGCGUGGCCACAGUUUCCUUCAUAAUCUUUUUGGCUUCAUAAUAAGAGCUUGGCACAGUGGAACUAUCAGGUAA